AAGCGCUUACGGAUAGUUGUCUGCCAUCAGCCUUAGUCUCGUGCUUCAUUUUUUUUCAAGCUACGGUAAUUCGCGAGACGUAAACGCGCAUACGGGACUCCUUGAGAAUUGCUGCGGAUCAGAGUCGACAAUAGGCUUGUUUCCUGUUGCUACACCGGCGAACUAGCGCAAUAGAUUAGAGCAAGGCCGAGUAUAUUUUUGCUCAUUCUAGCUUACUGCACUGGUUCACCAGUGCGGGAACAGAAAACGAACCCUAACGUAAGGGAAGCUUGCGCGCUAUACGCGUUUACGCCUGCGUCUUUGUCGUGAACUAUUACGUCGCCUUGUGCUCCGAGAGCCUGAAACAAGAGGAAAGAGACGCUCCGGCGUCUCGACGGUAACGCUGCACAGAAUGAGGAACCAUCGCGAUUAUCCCGAACUGCGGUUUUAUUAUUAGCCGUAAUUACGGUUAUGCGAUCGCAUUAAAGCUCCGCGAUUAACGAAUAUUGCGUACUCCAAUCGUCUUCCCGCCGGCGCCGAAUUGUGUCCCGCUAUAAAACCGGGGCUGCCCGAGACGGUGCCGUCUCAGUUUCGCGAACGCCCGUGCAACUUUCUACCGAAUUUCUCAUGAUUCGGCAGGCGGCACUAUUAGCGAUGGUCCUGGUAGGAGUCCGGAACGAACCGCAAGGCCCGGCCUAUCUUCCGCCCAGCCCUCGAGGUGGAGGCGGCGGGACUGGUCACCCGGACGACUGGGCCGGUGAUCCGGCGAAUUACGAGUUUUCGUACGAGGUCCAGGACGGGACGGCGGGUCUGGACUUUGGGCACCGCGAGACGAGGAAGGACAUGGAGGCCACCGGGACCUACCACGUGCUGCUGCCGGAUGGUAGGACCCAGAUCGUCGAUUACAUCGCCGAUCAGAACGGAUAUCGGCCGAUGGUGCGAUACGAGGGAACCGCCACUUAUCCCGCUCCGGGACCAGCAGGACCUGGGCAUGAAGAGGGCUACAGAUAUUAGGCCCCGACUCUUUCUCUAUCUCAUUGUUUUCAAUUAUAAUCAAGUACCAAUCUUUAGUCUUAUCAAAAGGAUCGAUUAAGUAUCGUUGCGUUGUGUUCUCCCCUCGUUCUCUUCGACACCCGAUAUCCUGCGAACGUUUCGCCAGCUCGAAAGCGUACGAUAUUGGCAUUAAAAUAAAAGUGAUUGUACAAGAAGAACUUGAGACGCAUAUUUAUAGAGGAACAUUGGACCAAUAUUGUUACUGCAUUGUUAAAUGUUGGCCAAUUCACUUCCAAUAUAAUUGUAUAAUAUGGGACUUUCCCAGAUAGCGCACAGCCUAGGGAGAAAUUAAAAGUCAAGGUGGCGUCAAUUUGAUGUCAUGUUGACCAAAAUAUAUAACCGACACGCUAUACUCGAUAGA